AUGGCGGACACAGCUGGCGCCAGUACUGCGGGCGCCAGUACGAGCAGCGCGAACAUGAUGAGGAUCCUCCUUGCCACAGAUUGCCACCUUGGGUACCUGGAGCGGGACCCCAUUCGAGGCCAGGACAGCAUGCGCACCUUUGAAGAAAUACUUCAGAUUGCCAACCGUGAAAACGCGGACAUGAUCUUACUUGGUGGUGACUUGUUUCACGAGAACAAGCCAUCAAGGGAAACCCUCAUGCACACCAUGGAGCUCUUUCGCAAGUACUGCAUGGGCUCCAGACCCUGCGCACUUCAAAUCCUGAGUGACCAGCGCAUCAACUUCCCAAGGUUCGGCAAGGCAAACUACAUGGACCCGAACUAUAACGUGGGCAUGCCUGUCUUCUCCAUUCACGGCAACCACGACGAUCCAUCUGGCGAACAAGCGCUGUGUGCCUUGGACCUGCUGGCUGCAGCCAACUUUGUCAACUACUUCGGCCAGGCGCAGCAGCCCGACGACAUUGAGCUCGUGCCCAUCUGCAUCCAGAAAGGCUCGACCAAGCUGGCGCUGUACGGGCUGGGCAACAUUCGUGAUGAGCGCCUGCACCGCACCUUUCUCAAGAAGAAGGUCAAGUGGCUCGCCCCCGACGAGGAUACUGAUGACUGGUUCAACCUCUUUGUCAUCCACCAAAACAGGUGCGCUCACGGCGAGCGAAACUACAUUCCCGAGACGUUUCUGCCCGACUUUGUCCACCUCACCUUUUGGGGCCACGAGCACAAGUGCGAGAUUGACCCCACGCCCCGUGAUGUCAUCAACACAUACAUUACGCAACCGGGAUCAAGCGUCGCCACCUCCCUCAGCGAGGGCGAAUCUGUACACAAACACGUGGGCAUGCUGUAUAUUCGAGCAGACAAGUCGUUUCGCAUCACAAAAGUGCCGCUCAAGACUGUGAGGGCCUUUAAGUUUCGCGACCUGGUGCUGGCGGAGCACCUGCCUGCGGGCGCAACGGAGCGCGACGUGGGCGAGUUCUUGGCGGCGGAGGUAGAGACAUUACUGCGGGCACUCGACUCUGAACACCGCGCGCGCUAUCGUGACGACGCAGAGGCCCGCAAGCAGAUGCGACUGCCGCUGCUGCGUCUGCGCGUGGAGUACACGGGGUUCCCCACGCUGGGUGCACAGCGCUUUGGCCAGCGGUUCGCGGGGAAAGUGGCAAAUCCCAAGGACAUUCUUCUCUUCUACAGAAAGCGAACAUCAAAGCCCAAAUCAAAAGCGCAACAGGAUGCUGCCGCCCCGACACCGCCCGAUCCACUCGAACAGGACAAGAUUGAGGAUCUUGUUGAGCAGACGUUUGUGCAGAGCACCGACCCUCCACGCCUCAUUCGCCCUCGCCACUUCCGAGAAGCCCUCAGCUUGUUCGUGGACAAGGACGAGAACGAGGCUUUGCGCAACAUGGCUGGGUUUCGGCUGGAGCGGUUUGUGGACAAGCAGUUGAGCAGCGCCGCGAGUGGUGGGAUGGAUGUCGAAGGGGACAAUGACAACGAUGCAGUCGUCAUUGGGGACGAUGAAGAUGGAGAAGGCCAGGAGCAGGAUGGUGAAGAAGACGAACAAACACGCACGCCGAUGCAGCUGAUGUUUGGCUCCAAGGGCGAGAUGACGCGAAGCAAGCGCACAGCAUCACCCGCAUCAUCGUCGUCAUCAGCAGCUGCAAAGCGCAAGCACUCGGCAGCAGCGGCAGAGGCGGCGAAUGGGACGAGGGUACGCAAGACGCGCACAGCAGCAGCAACGACACGAGGAGGGAGUAAGGGGCGAAAGGGAAAGGCAGCAGGUGCUGCACAUGGAGCGCGUUCACGCAAGACACGCCGCUAUGAUGAUGACGAUGACGACGAUCAUGCUGAUGGUGCUGAGAUGGACGACUUUGAAGUUGAUGAUGAUGAGGAGUAUGUUGGAAACGGCGGUGAUGCGAGUUCAGAUGACGUGGUGACGAGCGAUGGCGAAGUAUUGACGAAUUACACAAACAUCUCAGACGUGACUGAUGUCACGGACAUGAGCCCGUCCCCAACGCGUCGCACCACUCGCCGCGCUGCCGUCUCCGCCCGCGCCCGCGCCGCUAAACUCAUCUCACAGGAGGCGAUGCGAGAAAGCAGCGACGACGACGAUGAUCUGCCACUCGACACGACGCGGCGAACGAAGAAGCGUCCAAAGCGCCGCUGA